AUGAGAUUAACAGCCCAGGUAAUAAAUGAAGCACCCGAAAUAUUAAACCCAGAAGGGAAAUUGACUUUGUUGCUACGAGAUCUUCAAAUCACAGAACUAGAGAAUCUUGCAAUCACACAAAACAAGUAUCAAGUUCUAGAUUUAUCUAAUAAUGAUUUGAUUAGUCUAGGUAAUAUACCUAAAAGCUUCAAUAAUCUAGAAUGUUUAUUGUUGUCCAAUAAUAACAUUUCAUAUAUCGAUGAUGAUAGCUUCCCCCUGGAAAAUCACAUAACGUCGAUAUCAUUGUUUAACAACAACAUUUAUAAGUUUCAGAAAAGCUUCAAAGAUAAAUUUACCAGACUUGAGACAUUAGUUCUUUUAGGGAAUCCCAUAACAGAAAUAGAAAAUUAUAGACAUUUUAUAAUAUGGCUAAUACCUAACUUGAAAGUUUUGGAUUUCAAAAAAGUGAAACAGGCUGAAAGAAAUACAAGUGAGAGCAUGUUUGGUACAAAUCAUGAUGAAUUCAACACUUUGGCUCAACUGAUGUUUAGCAAUGAAAAUGAAAACAUAAAAUUAGAUGGAAAAUCAGAUAGACAGGUCAAGAAUUUUGUUAAAAAGUUGAGUGACGAAGAAAGGCAACAAUUGUUGAAAAAAUUAGAGACAGCUACCAGUAUUGAAGAGAUUGAAAGAAUUGAAAAUGAUUUAAAAGAAGGUAUGGUUUGA